AUUUGUUGGUCAAAAGAAAAGUCAUAUCUCUCUUUCAACUAGCACCUUAUUGCGAUAUAUAUACAUCUCCCACAAGUAUUGAGGAAAAUAUCAGAAAACAGCUUACUAAUUAGACGCAAGUCAUCCCCAUGGCCAAAUUCCGGUUCCAUAUCCUCUACUUCUUCCUCUUCUUCCUAGCAGCGGCUUUGCCGGCUACGACGUCGUCGUUUGAGGUCCCCAGGCUGACCAUGUACGACCCACGGUACGUAUCCCGCCACGAUCUCGCCGGCGGCCAGACUCUGACCUUAACGGCGGCCAUGGAAGAUUUCGAGUCCCAUUUCUACAACCAAACGCUGGACCACUUCAACUACCGCCCGGAGAGCUACGUCACUUUCCGGCAGCGAUACGUCGUCAACUCCAAGCACUGGGCCGGGCCCGGCGCUCCCAUUUUCGUCUAUCUCGGCGCCGAAGCACCCUUGACCCACAAUUUCUCGGGAUACAAAAGUUUCCUCACUGACAUCGCACCAAGCUUCAAUGCGCUCUUGCUGUACAUUGAGCAUCGAUACUAUGGGGAAUCCAUUCCAUACGGAUCGAGGGAAGAAGCGUUCAGGAAUUCGAGCACACUUGGGUAUAUGAGCUCUCAGCAAGCUAUUGCGGACUACGCAGAGAUCAUCCUUAACGUAAAGGAGCAGUUCAACACCGACAAUUCACCGGUGAUCGUUGUCGGAGGAUCCUACGGAGGAAUGCUGGCAACGUGGUUCCGAUUGAAGUACCCGCAUCUAGCUAUUGGAGCAUUGACUUCAUCGGCUCCAAUUCUUUACUUCGACGAUAUUACUCCACAGGAUGCAUAUUACAAUGUCGUCACCAAAGAUUUCAGGGAGGCUAGCGAGACGUGCUAUCAGACAAUAAAGAAAUCGUGGGUAGAAAUAGACGAAACCGCUUCUAAACUAGAUGGUCUUUCUACUCUUGGUAAAAAAUUCAGGACUUGCGCGCCGUUGAAGAAUUCGACAUAUCUGACGAACAGUUUGGGCGGGCUGUACGCUAGAGCGGCCCAAUAUAAUGCGCCACCAAAUUAUCCAGUGACCCAGAUAUGCACCGCAAUAGAUGGAUCCGGGCCCGAUAAAAGUACUCUCGACCGAAUAUUUGCUGGGGUCGUUGCUUAUUACGGGGAGAAGCCUUGUUAUAUCAACGAACCAGCUCAGCCCUCUGAAACCGACGUCGGAUGGGAAUGGCAGACGUGCAGCGAGUUGGUGAUACCAAUCGGGUUUGGGAAUGACACGAUGUUUUGGUCGGAAGAUGCUUUCAACCUCACCGGAUUCUCACAUGACUGUAAAGAAAAAUACGGCGUCGCACCGCGACCUCAUUGGGUCACCACCUACUAUGGCGGACAUAGCAUAAAAAGGGUGCUUAAGAGAUUCGGAAGUAACAUCAUCUUUUCCAAUGGUCUGAAAGAUCCCUACAGUAGAGGAGGGGUGCUAGAAAACAUAUCGGAUACCAUUCAUGUCGUUUAUACAACAAACGGGUCGCAUUGCUUGGACUUGUACGGAUCAAGGGUAACUGAUCCAAAAUGGUUGACUGCUCAACGUGAAGAAGAGAUCGACAUUAUGCAUGGAUGGCUUACAACUUACUAUAAGGAUCUUCAGGUGGAUUAAUGAAAUUGAUUUCAAGAACUACUGUUAGCUAGAGGUGAUUAUAUUUCAAUGGUUCACCCCAAUGUACUUAGAGACACUCCAGAAAGAGAAGUACACAAGAACCAUACAGCACGUUACACAAACCACCUAUCUAUAUGCAUGACUACUACUAAACUUGGACAACAGACAAUACAACGAUUUAUAUACUUCAAAAAACAGCAGGACUCAGAGUCUGAUCAGGACACCAAACAGUCUCCUGAUCAGGACAUCCUGACACCGUCCAGAUCGGGUCGUCAUCAAUCCAACGAUCAUAAGCGA